AUGUUCUCUAAAGAUCCAAAAGCACUUUUACCACAAGGCAUUGAACCUUCUGCAGGAUGUACAAAAUGCACUUCCAGUAUCACAUUCAAAUCAAAACAAGCUAAACAAUUUCAAGUUGGAACAAGUAUUCCCACCCUUUCAUUCAAAACAAAACAGUCUUGGGCGGGUAGCAUUGCUAUUCCCGAUACUCCAACCGCAAAAGGAGCUUCAUUAUUCUUUUGGCUUUGGGGUAAAGAUGCUGUUCAAUCGGGUAAUGAUUUGGUAAUUUGGAUGAACGGUGGACCUGGCUGCAAUAGUCUUGUUGGCAUGACCACGGAAAAUGGACCAUUCAUAUUUAACACCAACAAAGCUCAACCAAAUCCUUACAGUUGGACAACUGCGGCAAAUAUGCUUUAUAUUGCUCAACCUAUAGGCGCUUCGUUCACUACUGGUAAAGCCAGUAAUUCGAACGAAUUACAAAUCAGCGAACAAUUUACACUUUUCCUCAUCGAAUUCUUCAAAGUGUUUCCCGAACUUUCCAGAUUUAAUAUUUGGCUAACUGGAGAAUCUUAUAUGGGGAACAUGGCUCCAUAUCAGUGGAACGCAAUAAAACAAAACCCUCAAAGCAAGAAUCUGGCAAUGAAAGGAGGUAUGCUAGUCUCGCCUUUGUUUUCAAGUAUUUUUACACAGGUAGAAGUUCCAGUGUCUACUUUUGCAAAAGAGAAUCAAAAGAUCUUGGAUAUCAACGAUAGAGGUCUUGCAAAGAUUGCGGCAGAGUCAAAGAAGUGUAAAUUUGCCACCUUUCUUGACACCUAUCUUGCAUAUCCACCCAAAGGCAAAAUACCGGAUCCUUCUACUCAAUCCGUCAAAGCAGAAUCGGAUAAGUGUAAUCUGACCAAUUUUAUUCCUACAUAUCUCAAAUAUCCUGCACAGGGUAGAUUACCGGUUGCCUCACCAAAUUGCGAUCCUUUCGAUCUUUAUCAAGAUACUGCCAAGAAACUUAAUCCCAUGUUUGAUUAUUAUAACAUCGACAGAAACAAAGAAGUUGCUGAUGGUCAACAAACGGAAGCAGAAAAGUUUUUGAAUGAUGUCAACGUUCAAAAUUAUAUUCACGCUCCAAAUCAACAAUUUAAAAUGUGUAAAGACGUUUUCUCCGGAGGAAAUCUUGAUCUAUCAGAUGCAGGGGAUAGUACACCAUCUUAUUCGAAUUCUCUUUUCGCUCAAAUGAUUGAAUUUUGCGGAAAGUUUGUCAUCAUGGCAGGAGCUCUUGAUGGCUUGGUGAUAAAAGAAGGUGUUCAACUUGCAUUGCAAAAUCUUACCUGGAAUGGCGGUCAAGGAUUUAGAGCACCACCAAGUAUACCAAUGUAUGAUCUCGAAGGUCAACAAAAAGCAAUUGCAACUAUUGAAGAAAGAGGCUUACGCUUGAUCAUAGUAUCGGAUUCAGGUCAUAUGGUACCGAGAGAUUCGCCGUCAUUUUCGUUGAAUGCUAUCUUUUCCUUGGUCGGUCAUUCUAGUGGGACUUGUCACAAGUGA